AUGCCGAAGGCACCUAAACCAAAAUUGCAGCAUGCUCCUUUAUACAAGGACAUUGCUGAUUCGUCUGAAACCGGAAUUCUACGACAAAAGUCCAGUAAGCAAAAGAAAGGAAAAGAAAAUGUAGACAGAAAUGGAUAUAUGGAUGCAAAAGCAUCCAAACGGGUUUUGCAAUUGGCUAGAGAGCAACAAGAAGAGCUAGAACAAGAAGAAGCUGAUGGAAAACCAAAAACUCUUUCUGAAGAGGAGGGGUACCCACAAUCGUCUCACGAGAAGGAUACUCUUGAAAACCCGGUCAUUGAGCCAAGAGAUGAAGAUGAUGGAUCAGAUCAAUCGGAUGCUGCUUCCAAUGCUAGUGAUAGUGAGGAAUUCGGUGAAGAUGAUGAAUAUGAAGAAUUAGACAUAGACGAAACUGAUCGUAAACUUUUUGAUAAAUUUUUCCCCGAAAACAAUGAUCAAGGAAAAGAUGAUGCCCCUGAAGAACAAUCAACAAACCUUUCUGAUUUGAUUAUGCAAAAAAUUAGCGAGGCUGAGGCUCGUUCACGAGGUGAACAUGUUCCUACUGCUGAGGAAGAAGAAGAGGCAAUGCCUCCUCUCCCCCCGAAAGUGAUUGAAGUCUUUUCAAAAGUAGGUGUUUUGUUGAGUAAAUAUCGCUCAGGAAAAAUUCCUAAGGCAUUCAAGAUUAUUCCUACCUUAUCGAAUUGGGAAGAAAUUUUAUAUAUCACACGUCCCGAUACAUGGACCCCUCAUGCCUGUUAUGAGGCUACUCGUAUUUUCAUUUCGAACUUGAAACCCAUUCAAGCUCAGCACUUUUUGAACGUGAUUGUUCUUGAAAGAAUUCGUGAAGAUAUCCAAACUAACAAAAAGUUAAAUUAUCAUUUAUAUAUGGCUUUGAAGAAGGCUUUGUAUAAACCUUCGGCUUUUUUCAAAGGAUUUUUGUUUCCUCUCGUUUCGGAAAAUUGUAGUUUACGUGAAGCUGCCAUCGUUGGUAGUGUUUUAGUAAAAGUUUCAGUACCGGUUCUUCAUUCUGCUGCUGCCUUACUUCGUUUAACAGAAUUUGAUGUUAAUGGUGCUAGUUCCGUCUUUAUUCGAAUCUUAUUAGAUAAAAAGUAUGCAUUACCUUACAAGGUUUUGGAUUCGCUCGUUUUCUAUUUUAUGCGCUGGAAAGCUUUGGAUCGUCCUUUGGCUGUUUUGGAACAUCAAUCAAUGCUUGUCUUUGCUCAACGUUACAAGUUUGACAUUACUUCUGAGCAAAAAGAUGCACUUUUGGAGGUUGUACGUGUUAAAGGCCAUUACUCCAUCGGCCCAGAAAUUCGUCGUGAAUUGGUCAACAGUGCCAGUCGUGGCGAAGAAAUCCCUCAGGAAAUGGAAGAGUAUUGA